AUGGUGGUUACUUUGGAUUAUACAUUUGGUGAAGAAAGUUUUUUGGCAGAUGAGUUUUCUCUCUUUGAUUGGAUUGGAAGUGCCAUUGUUGGUGAAGUCACAUGGAAGCUGUGUAAAGAAUUGAAGGUGCCUUUAAUACUUUUGGCUGGGUCUUUGGAGGGUGGAGUUGCCUCCGGAUAA